AGAAAAACACAAAAUACUUAGACCAGGGGCCUGUUGCACAAAAGUAGAAUUAAGACAUCCGGGAUAAAUGACUCAGCUGAGCUCAAUGAAGCCAAAACAUGUGCGUCCAGGCUUAAUUGGUUGCACAAAGACCAAGCCAGGAUGAGCAGACACGGAUUCAUUAAGCCAGGUGAAACCAAUCCUGGAUAGGUGCGCGCUCACGGCUCACUCAAAUAGACCCUGCCACAGAUUAACUGAUUUACCAUGGCAACUAGAGCCGCGUACUUUUCCCCGUCGGAAGCACAAAUCCUCAUGGAGGCAUACGAGGAGGUAAAAGAUAUAAUUAAGAAGAAAGGCAACACCGCCACAGUGAUAAAGCAAAGAGAAAAAGCGUGGCAAAGUAUUGCAGACCGCCUGAAUGCGUAAGUGGUGCACAAUUACACACUCACCGCUCCGCUGAAACAUCACAAUUACAAUUCAAAUAUUUAAUUCACAUCUCCAAAAAUGCAGUUGUACUGUAAUUAUGAAACGGUUAAAUUUUUAAUUGAAAUGCACUGCAGAUAUGAGUGAAAUUGUGUAAUGUAACUCCAUCACACUGUAUAAAGCUAUGAUAAAUUUUUUGAUAUUUUUACUGAAAACAAGACAAAAAUACCAAGUAAUUUUUUGCAGUGUGACUCCAUUAAAUGUGUGUGUGUGUGUGUGUGUGUGUGUGUGUGUGUGUGUGUGUGUGUGUGUAGAUUAAACAUGAACGGGCCAAAACGGACAUGGCAGCAGGUCAAAAUCAAAUACAAGAACAUUCUGCAGAAUGCAGUGAAAAAGAAUACGCACAGACAAGGCACGGGUGGUGGGUCACCAAAGGCUGACCUUACCCCAGCAGAGGACAUGGCCUUGGAGCUAAAUAAAGGCAGGCCCGUCUUAGAGGGGAUCCCUGGGGGGAAAGAGACGAGCAUAGGUUCCUCCCAAGAUGCCACCCGCUUCAUUCAAGUGCCUGGCAGCACUGUGUUCCUGUUAGAGCCACCAGCACAAGCACCAGACGAUGCUGAUCCAGGUGAAGGCCCCAGUGCAGCAGCAACAGCACAUGAUGGAGACGAUGAUGAGGAGGAGACCAUCUCUCUGGAUUCCAGAAGGCAUGAGGACCCAGAUGCUAUACAGUGGGAAAACCAGCCUGGCAACAUAAGCUCACAAGCUAUCAGAAAGUUGUAUGGCAACCACCUUCGGCGCCAAAUAGAACUGGCAGACAUAGACAUUCAGUACAAGAAGAAAAAGAUGGAAAAUCUUGCACUGGAGUCCGAAAUAAAAAAGAGGACAAUUAGGAAACUGGACCUUGAAAUAAAAAAACUUGAGAGGGAGCUCCAAGAAGAUGACACAGCUCAAAAUAAAAAUUAGCAAUCAGUACAACCAAGUCAUCGUUAUAAGGCAUCGCCCUCUUUUGCCCACCCCCCAGCACCAGGUGUGGCCACUAGCCUAUAUGAAGGCCCAAAAUUGUGUGUUCCUUUCUGCUCUGACAAUGGCAUGCCCAUUCGUGUGAGAUGUGGUGGAUGAAGAAGCACUUGUGCUGAGGAGAGCCUUCAGGCGAGAAAGGGUCUUCAGGGACCGGUUGGACCCACUGGCCUUCCCUGAUGACCAUCUAUAUGAAAGAUACAGGUUUUCUGCAGAUGGCAUCAGGUAUCUAUGCAGACUACUGGGUCCCAGGAUUAAGCACCGCACUGCACGGAGCCAUGCACUGAGUGUGGAGCAAAUGGUUUGUGUGG